AACCUUGCCAGCGAUGUGCAGCCCUGAGGUCUGGCCAGGCCUUGUUCAUCUGUGCUGGCCGGCUUUUGGGGCAAGAAUAUUCCAAAACAACACGUCAAGUGCUUUGACAAACCUGACGCUGCUGUGCCGGGCAUCCCACAGGCUCUCAGCAGGUGGAUUCACACUGGUGACUUGCAAACCUCCCAGCGCAAGGUGUGUGGCACGUGUUCCCUCUGCAUGAUGCUGCGUAUUUAUUCACAGCUCUGUGAGAUCGGCUGCAGUGCAUUUUCAUUCUGUGUAUUGUUCUCUGGGGCUGGUGAUGCCAUCGCAUUGUGCUGAGUUUUUAAGAGUGCGAGCAGCACUGCUGAUGUGACUCCCUGGGAGCCUACUUUCCACUAGCCCGGGAUAAAAUUCAGUGGUUUGUUCUCUGUCGGACGCACACGUGUGCAGGGAGACAGGCACGCUGACAGCGAUGGGGUUAGUAUAGCUGGGACACUGCAAAGCUAUGCAGGAUUCACCCAGCUCUCUGGUGAUGGAUGGGUACUCCAGCAAUGUGCCAGCCUUCCUCACCAAGCUCUGGACGCUGGUGGAAGAUCCCGAAACAAACCAUCUCAUCUGCUGGAGUACGAAUGGCACCAGCUUCCAUGUGUUUGACCAAGGACGGUUUGCCAAAGAGGUGCUGCCCAAGUAUUUCAAACACAACAACAUGGCCAGUUUCGUCCGGCAGCUGAACAUGUAUGGCUUCAGGAAGGUGGUGAACAUCGAGCAAGGGGGGCUCGUCAAGCCCGAGCGGGACGACACUGAGUUCCAGCACCUCUGCUUCCUGCAGGGCCACGAGCACCUCCUGGAGCACAUCAAGAGGAAGGUGUCAGUAGUGAAAAGUGAGGAGACCAAGAUGCGCCAGGAGGACCUCAGCAGGUUGCUAUAUGAAGUACAGAUACUGAGAAGUCAGCAGGAGAACAUGGAGUGUCAAGUUCAGGACAUGAAGCAGCAAAAUGAAGUUCUUUGGCGGGAAGUUGUUUCUCUCCGGCAGAACCACUCACAGCAGCAGAAGGUGAUCAACAAGCUGAUUCAGUUUCUGUUUGGCCAGCUCCAAUCAAACCCCAGUGGCGCUGGGAUAAAGAGGAAGCUGCCUCUGAUGCUCGACAAUGGGUUGGCACAAGUGUCCAAGUUCAGCCGACAUUUGCCUACGGACCCCCUCCACGACCCCUAUUUCAUACAGUCGCCAUCGACAGAACCUGCCUCUUGCUUAAACAGCCCUGCAAUUGUUGGAGGACCCAUCAUAUCUGAUGUUACUGAAACAUCACCAUCUAACAUAAUAAAUAUGCAGUCCCCUUCUGAUAACGACAGGGAGAAGUGCCUCAUGCUGAUCAAGGAAGAGCCAGUGAGCCCUGGAAUGAAAGCCACCACCGAGCCCGACGUGCCAGGCUGCCGGGCCUGCCCUGAGCCCCCCGUGCUCCCAGUCUCCAUGGUUCAGUCUGUGCUGGAAGGCAAAGGCAGCUGUGGUGCAGUCCCACCAGGGACCUCACAGCCGCCAGAGAGAAGAGGCAGAAGAGCACUGCUGGACAGAACAGAUAUUUCAGACCCCUUGGAGGGCACCGACUGGAGUUUGGAAGGGGUGCAGCUGCUGCUGCGGAGCCAGCAGUACGGCCUGGAGCCUGCCAGCCUCCUGGACGUCUGUAAUCCCAAUUUAUCUAUGAGUGAGUGGAAUUUGGCUGAAAUGGAAGCCAGUCUGUCCCCGAUGCAGCGACUCACGGUGGAUCUGGAGAAGAAUGCAACUGAGCUGUCAUCAAAAGUGUUCAACCCUUCAUUUAACAACGCCUGCCCAGGGAAAGAUGUCGUUCUUGAAAGCACCCAGCAGUUCCUCGCUGAUCGUCAGUCCGUCUUUGGAAGUGACAUCAUCAGCUUGCCUGAAAAUUCAUCUCUUUAUGUUCCCCCUGAAAAUAUGGCUUCCUACCUGUCCUCUGUGGGCGUCCAAGGGGAUAUCCCCUUAAACCUGAGCUCUUCCACUGACAACAACCAGUGAUGUAGCUUCCAAGACAUCACCUCCCUCCCACCCAUCCAAGCAUCCACAGGUUUGAAUGUAAAGAAACAAAAGUGACUCAGAAACCCACAAAAGAGUUGUUGUGACCUUUCUUUUUGAUUAGAUGGAAAUGGUCAGUAGUUGUUGCAUUACCUGCUCUGCCCCUGGAUUUCAGUGUUUGUCCAGGAUAAUGAUUUUAAAACAAAAUGCUGCUCCUGGUGCUUGUUCCUAUUUGGGGCAAGAACUCGGUAGCUGUUUUUCUUGAAAAUGCUUUUACAAAUUUCAAACCUUCUAAGAAAAUUUGGGUGACAAGUAGCUUAAAAGUCCAUCAAGGACAUCCUAAAAUAAAGUAAUCCCAAUCAGUGUCUGCAAUGGCAAACUGUUGGAUUUUACUGGGGCAGCACAGAUCAGCUAAGAGAUUCAUGACCCUUCUGAAUGCGUUUUUUUUUUUUAUAAGUAGGAAAUUAAUUCUGUGUGCCAGACCAAUGCUCUAAAAUUAUUCUCUUAUUAUCCUUUUUCUGUUUUUUAUGGGAUGUGCUUGUGCCUCUCCCUUAUCUUCCCGGGAUGAGUUAGGAAAAUGAAGAUCCCUCAGAUUGUGCAGAAGAUAGUUUUCUGAGUGACCUCUCCAAGAAUGUGUCUCUGGCCCCAGGGGAGCUACAGACCAUUGCAGACCCCACAAACAUCCCAUCCUGAGUUGAGAGGGUUGUUGUUUUUUCCCCCGAUUUAUUUUCUCUAACGUAAAGGCAGGGCACUCCAUUCUUUAGAACAGAAUAAGGGAUAGACUCUUCUGUACACGCAGUUUUCCAUUUUCAAACAGGACUGAGAGGGCGCUGUCCUGGUUUUAAUGCUGGCUGAGUAUUUCAUGUCCAGUCCGAUUAUAUUUUUCCUUGGCCUUGACCUGUUCUAUUUCCCCUGAAGAUGUGCCUGUUGGUUUAUUAAUGUUUGAAAUCUGAUGAACCGGUUUAAUUGAUCGGAGCCCCUUUUUAGAAGGACUCUCAGCUGCAGGUACCUGCUCAGUGUAGGACAGAGGCAGAGGGGUUAGUCCGCCGCGUCCCACUAACUUUUCUUCUGUCCUUUGUGCAUCUGAGACCAGCCUCCAAAGGUUGAAUUAAUCUUCCUCUUCCAUGUGGUUUCUGACAACUGAGUUUCUCAACAAAGCAGAGCUUUGUUUUUUUAUGCUGUAGUUCUAAUGAGAACAUAUUAUUUAUCUCAGUAUCCUCUAAUUGAGUUGCUUUUCCUUAAGAAAGCUACCCAAAUGCAGUUAGACCCAGGAAAUUCACCUAACUCAGGCCUUCUAAGGGCUUGGACAGGGAAGUAUAAACCAUGCCAAUGUUAUUUGAAGAAAUGCUCUGCUAACUUUCAUUGCUAUGAUGAUUCUAUGUACUAAAUCAUAUUUCUGAGCAUCUAGAAUGGUCAAGCAACAUCCACACAAAAAUGUAGGAUGAAUGCAAGCUCAAAUUCUCAUUAAUAAUAGAUGCAUUUUUAAAUGGACUUCCCUGUCACAGCCCAUUUCUCCAUCCAUUUUUCAGUGUGUGAACAGAUGUGAACAGUUCAGAAACACUCACUUCUGAGCCCAUUUUUUCCCAGCUAGCUACCACGUGCUGGGAGCUCUGUCACCACUAUAGUGGUACAGACUUUGCAGAAGUGAUGUUGUGAGAGCUUCUGAAUUAAUUCCAUCCACUGUUUUUUGUGUUCAGGACUAAGGGAAAAUUCUGGCAACCCCCACUGGCCUAGUAUUUAGAUGAUGGUCUUGAGUGUAGCAUGGACAGGGUUUCAUUUUUGACAGAUUUGUGCUUAGGAAGCUCAUCUAGAUCAGCCGAUUUGCCACUGUAUUUUGUCAUUUCCAGCAAUGGAAACCAUGUUGAGUUGCAGUCUGUUUGCUUCUUUUCUCAAAGGAAAUUGAAAACUCUCUGGUGUCUCUUAUCACCUGAUGGAGUAUGUUAUCCCUGUUCAGGUUUUACAUCCUUCUUUGAACCUUCAGAUGCUAGAUUGCCUUAAUGUUAACACUGAAUGUAUUGAUUCAAUAAGGUAUUUUAAGCAGAUGUGUAACUUCAAGCUUUUGAGCAGUUUUCCUUAUUUUUAUCAAGUCUAUCAUAUGCCUGAAGUUGGAUGUGUGCUUGAGUGUCUUACUGGAUUGUCUAGUUGUGGUUGAAAAAUGAACCAUCUUAGGAGAGCUACUUGUAAGCAGACAAAGGUGAAGCUCAGUCAUCGAGGGGGCCUGGCACCAUCUUAGACUGCAGCAUUUUUAUAGGGUUAAGUGGCAGGCUGCACUCGCUGUGAGCAGCCACUCCUGAAUGGUUCCUGGGUUUUUCUUUAGGCUUUUUGCUCUGCUAUAAACAUGAGAUCGGAGAUUGAUGGAGUGUGGGUAACCUCCAGGAGCAGCAUUUAAGAACCACUCCUGUGAAGAAGCAGGCUUAUGUUCCUUGGCUUUUUACAUCGUUAAUUUUACUUGAAGGUGAUGUGCUGAGACUGUGUUUUUGCACUAUGCUGUACAUUUGUAAAGUUUUACAGAAAACACUAAUUAAAUAUGUUUCCUUUUUCUCAUUUAGUCCUGUUCUGGCAUUUCUUUCACUACUUUCUCUCUACCCCUUACUCCUCUCCUCCUUCCCAAGUCCUCCCUGGUAAGUGAAAGUAUCUUCCAGAAAUUGAAGAGAUUCAUUUGUGAGAUAAAGUAGGGCCCACUGAUGGACUGAGAUCAUCUAUGUUAAAAAACAGGAGCUGGAGAGACCUAGCAUGUCAAGCUAGCAAGCAGCUGAAUUUUUUAGUCAAAAGUGCUGGUCAGUGUGGGUAUAUUUGACAUAAGGUCAGGCUCAGAGUAAAGAAAUCUAUAGUUCCUGAAAUCUGACCAGCAAUUUUGAAUCAUUUUUUUCUUGCUUUCAGUGAUAAUAAAAGCUCAAACUUCAUUCUUGGAAUUACUUUUUGUAAAUCCUUUGUUUAUAAAUGGUUUCUCUUUUUUGUUCAUUUGUUUGGUUCAGUGAGAUUUGAUAAUAGGCUCCUUCCUGCUUAUUUCAUCUUAGUAAAAUAGGCAAUGUCAGGACAGUAAAAGAUGCAAACUUGAUGUGAUAGCUCAACAAGAAGGUGGGUUUCCUCAUCUUACUGUGAGUCUGCAGUUCACUGCUCUGCUCUCUUGAGCUCAGCAAUGUGGUACUGUUGGACCAGUAUCUAAAAACGGGUCACCGUGCUCUUCUCCCAUCCUGACCUGGCGAUGAGGCUGGCUGUGACAGGUCCCCUGUGCGAUGCCCAGCACAAUUUUAGCCUGUGCUGACAGAGGUGUCAAAGGCAUGAGCCCUGGAGCUGAGGCCCCGUGUUUGAGGGGGCUCAGCACCAGCACAGGCAGUCAGGAGCCCCGCACCAGGCUACUGCACGUGCAGGCAAUGCAAAAGGUGAUCAUGCUUAGUGAAAUUGCAUCCUGCACGUGCUGACCUUGCUGUUCACGCUGUGAUGUAAAAUCCUCUAUGCAUGCACAAUGUACAAAUACAUUUUGAUAGCACUGUGGAAACAGCACAAAAAUACGUGAGGCAACGGCCUCAAAGUAGAGCUUAUCCAUCCUUCUGUCAGAGAAGGGAAGCAGAUCACAAAUUUUGUUGGAAUAAUUUACAGCUUUAUAAAGAGAAGAUUCUUGUGAAGACACUUUAGCACAAACCUGUUUUCUACUACAGAAGGGGCAGAAGGAAAGAAAAAAAAGGUGGGGUGGGGGAGCAAGGAGAAGGAAGGAGAGAGAAGCCAGUUCAGGAGUCACUGCUGUCGUCUUCCAUUUCAGUUUGGCACAAAACUGCCACGGGAAAAUAAAAGAGAAGCUAAUGAAAGAGAAUUCCUUUGGUCUGCUUAUUAAUAGCAAAACUGUCUACUACUGACUGGCUGGCUAUUUUUAUAUUUGAAAUCCAGAUCCUGAGACAUGUAUCACACGGAAAAAUAAGGAAAAUGGCAGACAUAAGUAGAUGUUUCACCACAGAUUGCCCUAGAAGGUAAAAACAUGUUUUCCAUGCAUGGAUGCUAUUUCCACAUCUAUUUUUG